AUGGCCCGGCUCCUGACCCUCGGACUGGCGCUCCUAUCCGCAGCCAACGCAAAUUCUGCGCCACGCCUGCACGACUUCGACGCCCUGGGCGCCUGGUUCGAUGGCGUCAACGCGAUCAACGCCACCAGCUCGACAAACCCUAGCGCAAAGAACACGUCUAUCGCAAUUGUUGGAGGCGGUAUCUCAGGCCUCGCGACGGCGUUGAUGCUCGACAGUGUGGGCGUACAUAACUGGGAAAUCAUCGAAGCGAGCGAUCGCGUUGGCGGACGUUUCCGCACGAAAUAUGUCGGCGACACGGAUGAGUGGGCGGAGAUGGGCCCUAUGCGACUCCCUGUCAGGGCGCACUACAAGGAUGGCGAGACGGUCGAGUAUUCAGAUCACGCUAUGGUGUUCCAGCUGGCCGAUUUGCUGAACGACAUGAACGACAACCAGAGCGAGUGGAAGAUCGACUUCAUUCCCUGGAUCCAGCACCACCCUAAUGAGCUAUAUGCGCUUGACACUCACCGACUACCCGAUGGUAGUAUCGCCCGGCGAAAGGAUGUCCUGGCGGAUUCGGAUCUGGAGAUAUCCAAUGCGCCAGGCAGCGCCGCAUACACGCACGCCUCGGACCAAAUGGACGAUAUGCUCAUGCGGAAAGAGAAAUUAAAGGCGAUGCAGCGUGAUAUCUGGCGCAUGCAUCGUCAGGCUAUGGACGAUGGUCUCGACGACUGGAGCGAGCAGGCGAUACUGCGGCAUAAGUUUGGCGCAAAUGAAAAUGUCACCGACGCCAUUUGGACGGCUAGCGACUACGAUGCGUUGUGGGAUGAACUCCACCAUAACUCGAACCUCGAACUAGACGGGAGCCCUGAUUCUCUCGGUGAGACGGAGUGGACAUGCAUUGAUCACGGGUUCAGCCGUCUGUCGGAUGCGUUCCUCCCUCACGUUCGCGAUCGCCUCACUCUCAACCGCAAGGUCAGGAAAGUGGAAAGCGUGUCGGGUCCGUCUGGAACGACGAAAACGCGUCUUUCCUGGUACCCUAGUGUCUCCAACCGGACCUUUGAGUCCAAAGAAUAUGACUACACCUUCCUGGCCCUUCCUUUCACGAUGACCCGCUUCAUGGACCUGCCGAAAUUCUCAUCCGUCCUAGACCGCGCGACCAGCGAAGCCGGCCUUCGCUUCAAGUCCGCCUGCAAAGUCGCCGUCCUGUUCUCCGAGCGGUUCUGGGAGAAAGGGCCCAAUCCCAUUUUCGGGGGCUACAGCAAGCCGGAUAGCGACCCAGUCGGAGCUUUGUAUUAUCCCGUCUACGGGCUCAACGAGUCUCGGCCCGGAAUCAUCAUGCACUACCGUGGUGGGGACUGGAGCGACCGUUUUGUGAGCUUCUCCGACGAAGAGCACGUCCAGACCGUCUUGGAUUCGAUUGCCUCGCUUCACGGGGAGCAUAUCCGAGACCUGUAUACGGGUGACUAUGAGCGAUUGUGCUGGUUACAGGACGAGCAUACCGCUACCGCGUGGUGCCGGCCUGAUGUCGAACAGCAUAAGCUGUAUAUCCCAGCGUACCAUCGCACCGAGCACAAUACGAUUUUUAUCGGCGAGCAUACCGCGCCGACCCAUGCCUGGGUCAGCUCGUCUUUACACUCUGCUGUGCGUGGAUCGGUGCAGUUACUGUUGGAUGUGGGAUUGAUCGACGAAGCAAAGGAGCUGAACAAGAGGUGGAUGGGACGGUGGAUUCAAUAG